GCGGGGAUGCUCUUUUUCCAUUCGCUGAUGCGCGUGUCCCAUCCCACUGUUUUCCUUCUCUUUUCUGGAGUUAAAUUUGUCUGUAGAUGCUUGAGAUCUGCCUGUAGACGCCCAGAGUUAACUUGUCUGCAGACGCCAGUCCCAGGCCCUCUGGUCUCAAACUUCUAGCUCCCGCGCAGAAGCAAAGCAGGAGGGAGCCCCGGGCGGCCGGCAGAGACACUUUGGGUGCGGCAGCUGUCCUGCCAGCCGCCUGUCCUGGGGCCCAUGCCUGCCUCAAGUCUCCCACGCCUGCACCCCGACUCCGAGAGUCCUGCCCUGAGGAGGCCAAGGCCACCGGUGCUUGCAGCCAGCCCCAGGAAGCACACCGGCCACUGCAGCCAAUAAAAUGGUACAACCAUGCCCUGCCUCUGGGUGUCCUCGAGCCUGCACACCUUCCUAAUCCCACCUGGAACCAUCAGUCGGAUCCCCUUCUGCCUCCUCUGCUCCACUCUAUCUCCAGCCAACCCGUCACCAUGGCAGCCCUGAUUGCAGAGAACUUUCGCUUCCUGUCACUCUUCUUUAAGAGCAAGGAUGUGAUGAUUUUCAAUGGACUGGUAGCACUGGGCACAGUGGGCAGCCAGGAGCUGUUCUCCGUGGUGGCCUUCCACUGCCCCUGCUCACCAGCCCGGAACUACUUGUAUGGGCUGACAGCCAUCGGAGUGCCUGCUUUGGCACUGUUCCUCAUCGGUGUCAUCCUCAACAACCACACUUGGAACUUAGUUGCUGAGUGCCAGUAUCGGAGGACCAAGAACUGUUCAGCUGCCCCCAACUUCCUCCUUCUAAGUUCCAUCCUUGGCCGUGCAGCUGUGGCCCCCAUCACCUGGUCUGUCAUCUCCCUACUGCGAGGGGAGGCCUAUGUCUGUGCUCUCAGCGAAUUUGUGGAUCCCUCCUCACUCACAGCUGGGGAAGAGGGCUUCCCACUAGCCCAUGCCACCGAGAUCCUGGCCAGGUUCCCUUGUGGGGAGGGCCCUGCAAACCUGUCAGGCUUCCGGGAAGAGGUCAGCCGCAGGCUCAAGUAUGAGUCCCAGCUCUUUGGGUGGCUGCUCAUCGGUGUGGUGGCCAUUCUGGUGUUCCUGACCAAGUGCCUCAAGCAUUACUGCUCACCACUCAGCUACCGCCAGGAGGCCUACUGGGCACAGUACCGCACCAACGAAGACCAGCUGUUCCAGCGCACGGCAGAGGUGCACUCCCGGGUGCUCGCAGCCAACAAUGUGCGGCGUUUCUUUGGCUUUGUGGCACUCAACAAGGAUGAUGAGGAGCUGGUCGCCAAAUUCCCAGUGGAAGGCACACAGCCACGGCCACAGUGGAACGCCAUCACUGGUGUCUAUCUGUACCGUGAGAACCAGGGACUCCCGCUCUAUAGUCGCCUGCACAAGUGGGCCCAGGGUCUAGCUGGCAAUGGCACGGCCCCUGACAACGUGGAGAUGGCCUUGCUAGCCUCCUAAGAGCCUGCCUGCCUCACUCUUUGCAAAUGGUACCACUUGGUUCCAAACUGAACUCUACUGCCCCACUACGCACUCAAAUCAGUACCAGAAGGGAGUUUUUUUUUUUAAAAACCACAGCUUCUUGACCAAACAGGUCAGGGAAGAGGACACAUAUCCAGUGGACACUGUGGUCAGCUCUGAAAGGAGGGCUCUUAGGUCUGAAGCCUCUCUCCUGUUGCCAUUAGCCUACUGGUUUGUGGCUUUGUGGAAAAAAAGUCUUUUCCAGACUUGGUUCCUAAUUAAUGAUGACACAGGUUUUCUUUUGGCAGGUGGGACUCUGAGCUGAGAAGCCUCAGCCACAAGAGCCAGGUGACUGAAACUCCCUGCAGGCUCCUUGUAUAAUACAUUAUACAGUUAAUUUGUGCCUAACUGCAAAGGGACAUUUGGGCUCAGUGGUGCCCAGCUGGGAUGCUAUCCUCUGUUGUAUGCCUCUGGCAUGAUUUUAUAUAUUUAAAUUUUUAAUAAAUCUUUCUUACUAUAAAGGACUAACUCAGUAUCUGUGUGAUCAAAUGGGUAUGGUCACACACACAGGCCCAAAUCCCAUGCUCUGUGGGAGUGAAGGGGACAGAACUAAAAGGAAGCACAGGAGGGGAAGCAGUUUGGAAGGACCAGGUGGCCAAGCAGGGAUAGUGCUGGGACUGAAUUUUCGGUAACUGAAUUCAGUUUUCUGAUUUGAUCUGAGUCAGACAGGGUAUGGCCUUUCUCAGAGGGAAGCUCAGUUGGAAAUUUCCAAGAGUCAGAAGAUCCUGUCCUUGACAGGACAGAUGUAGCCCUGAAACUCAGUGGUAAUGUCCAAGAACCAGCCCUCCCUAACGUCUCCCUCCCAGUCUCACCCUGGUUACCUCCACCACCUGUAAAACCUUUUGAUGCUCUCCUUCAUCCCUGUCCUGCUUCCUGGCAUACAACUCCGUCAUUUCCCAGGGAAAAAGCUCUCAAGACAUUCAAGGCUCUGUCAGAGAAAACUUUUAAUUCCCUCAAGAGAGGGAGGGAGGGAAGGAAGGAAAAGAAAAGAA